CCACACACAAAAUGGCGAAAGACAUCAAAGAGAAGAAGGAGAAGAAGGAGAAGCGCUCCGAGGUCGACGGCGUAAAGAAGUCGAAGAAGGACAAGAAGGAAAAAAAGUCGGCCGACGUCGAUACCGAAAUGCUCGAAGCGGAGCUCGAGAAAGCGCCUGAGGUCUCGCAAGUUACCAUUGUAGACGGCGAGGAGGUCGAGGGCGCGCUGGUGCCGUUUGCGUUCCCGCUGAGCGACGACGCGAAGGAAGUGAAGAAGAUUCUGAAGACGGUCAAGAAAUCCGCCAAAUCCAAAACCCUCCGCCGCGGCGUAAAAGAAGUCGUCAAAGCGCUGCGCAAAUCAAGCACCGCGCACUCCACAGACCCCUCCGCCAUCGUCGUCAUCGCCGCUGAUAUCUCGCCCAUGGACGUCAUCUCCCACAUCCCCGUGCUGUGCGAGGACCACGGCGUGCCGUACAUCUACAUCAAGAGCCGCGCGCAGCUGGGCGAGGCGAGCGCGACCAAGCGCCCGACCAGCGUCGUCAUGGUGAGCAAGGACAAGAGCGGGAAGGGAGGCGAAGUGGACGAGGAGUUUGUGGAGGCGUUUGGCGAGCUGAAGAAGCUGGUCGGCAAGGCGAGUAAGACUGUGAGGAAGUAGAGGAUUGCGCAUACCAUGUGAGGAUGGAUGUUGUGGCAUCUUGAGGGAUCUUGUAUUGUGUCAAAAGGGAUGAGGAGUCUGGCGUUGCGCACCGUGACAUGCAAUGAUGCGCUGGGUUUAACUUGUUUUCUAUAUGAGGGUCUACAUGCAUUCUGUACCCUGAGAAUCGAUCCUGAUAAAAUGUUCA